CCACAGACGAAGAAAAGCCGGAUGUUCCGGAGCGUGUGAGGUGGCUGUCGAAGCGAUCGGGUCCCCGGGUCUCUGUGGUCUCUGUAGCCGGGUCCAGGAGCGUGUCCCCGGGUCUCUGUGGUCUCUCUAGCCGGGCCCAGGAGCGGGUCCCCGGAUCUCUGUGGUCUCUGUAGCCGGAUCCAGGAGCGGGUCCUCGGGGAUGGGGCUCCUGCUGGUCUGCCUGGCCCUGCUGGUCUCCGCGGUCCCCCCUCUGAGCGCCUGGGACGAGGACCUGGAGCUGCUGGACCUGGUGGAGGAGAUCCCGCAGACCUUCUACCAGUUCCUGAACGUGGAGCAGGAGGCGUCGGCAGCAGAGAUAAAGAAGGCGUACCGCCGUCUGUCCCUGAUUCUGCACCCUGACAAGAACAAGGACGAAAACGCAGAGAUGCAGUUCAGACAGCUGGUGGCCAUCUAUGAAGUCCUGAAGGAUGAGGAGAGGCGGCGCAAGUAUGAUGACAUCCUGCUGAACGGGCUCCCUGACUGGAGGCAGCCGGUGUUUUACUACAGACGGGUGAGGAAGAUGAGCAACAUCGAGCUGGGCUUCCUCCUUUUCCUCAUCCUCACCGUGGGGCACUACGCCGUCAUUUGGUCCAUCUACCUGGAGAAACAGCUGGACGAAAGGUUAUAAGCAGUAAAGAAGGAGAAGAAGACCCAACCCAAACCUGCAGAGGAGCUCAGGUGUGUCAGUCAGGAGCGGGCUGACAGAGACCAGGACAGACCUCAAUGGCAGGACAUCCUCCCUCUGAAGCUCAGCAUCUGGAUCUACCUGUCCAUUAAGAACCUGCCCCAGGCCGUGCAGGAGGUGAAGCAGUACUAUGAGGACUAUCAGCAGAUGAAGCAGGAGCAGAGAGAAGCUGAAACCGAGCAGGAAGUGGCUCCACGAGAGAAGCGGCCGAAGGUGAAGAAGCCAAAGGUGGAGUUUCCCGUUUACGAGCCAUCGGCGGAGAACCUGAACCACACCCAGAGCUAUGACCCUACCACGCCCAUCGAGACAUCAAUGAGACAGAUGGACGAUCAAUGUGCUGCCGAUUGGACCGAGGACGAGCUGAGUCUCCUCAGCAGGUUGAUGGUAAAAUUCCAGUGGAACUCCUCGGGCCUGAGUCUGUUUCUUCUACAGGUGACGACUAAAGUCAAACAGAUGAAAGACAGCGUGAGCCACACCUCAGGGUGGGUGAGGCUUGUGAGGAGGAACAGGAGGAGGAGGUGGAGGCACCGACGGUUCGCAGGAGGAACAGGAAGUGUUCGGACGGGGGUGAAGGUCAGAGGUCGUCGGCAGAGAGCUUUUGACCCGGCGGCGGUGGACAAAGAGGAGGCGGAGCCUCAGCCAGAGCCCGCUGUGUGGACUCAGAACCAGCAGAAACUGCUGGAACUUGCUCUGCAGCAGUUCCCUCGCGGGACGCCUGAGCGCUGGGACCGCAUCGCCAAGGUGGUCCCGGGAAAGAGCAAGGAGGAGUGCAUGAUCCGGUAUAAGAUCCUCGCCGAGCUCAUUCAGAAGAGGAAACAAGCCAAGAGCUGAUGCAAGGUUCUGACUCCGCCCCCCUCUGGUCAGGUGAUCGGUCCGCUGCCUCCUGAUUGGACAGAAUCACAGCACUCAGAGGGUUGGACCAAGAGGCGACACACACGCAGAUAACUGAUCAGAAUAUUGAUUAGACGUUCUGCCAGAUUGAGCAUGCUCACAGCAUUGAUCAGAAAUUCUGUGUGAUAUCAAUCGACUGAUCGAUAUUCUGAUCUGUGAUCAUCAGCCAGUCAGGCCUUUGCUUCGUGGCCCCGCCCUCUGCUGUGCGUGUGUGAAACAGGAAGGGACCUCACAGUUUGAUGUGCCUUAAUCUCUCUUCAGCCAAUCAUGUGUUUACUCAUCAAUAAACAGUAUUUAUUAGCUGCCUA